GUUAUACGGGUUACUCCUACUAGUAUAGUAGCUGAUAAUAUUAAUAGCUCUAUAUUAUAUUCGAUACUUCGGCUACCUAUUUCAAAAAAUAAUACUAUACUACUGGACUUAAGCCCUAAUAAUUUAGCGUCUUUGCAAUUAAAGCUUUAUUAUUUAUUUUAUUUAAUUAUAGACGAGAAAUCGAUGAUCGGUCUUAAAAUAAUUUAUUACCUAGAUUAG